AUGGCUCUCUUCCACACGCAAUCGCUUCAUUCCAACUGGGAGUUCAAACAAGCCGAUGAUUCAGAAUGGCUAUCAGUGCCGUCAAUACCAUCAGUUGUCCACCAGGAUCUCUUGUCCCAUAAAAAAAUCCCCGACCCUUUUAUUGGGCUCAAUGAGCUGCAGGCAGAAUGGAUUGGCGAGAAAACAUGGGUGUAUCGUACAUCAAUACCAAAGCCAACCCUCCCAGCUGGUGCGAGCGCUUUUCUGGUUUUUGACGGUCUCGACACAUUUGCUACCGUGUAUCUCGACGGUAAAGUGAUUCUUGAGAGUGAUAACAUGUUCCUGUCCCAUCGGGUAGACGUGACCAGUCACCUUCAGAACGACAGCCAAAACCACACCCUUGAGAUUCAUUUCGACUCUGCCUUGCUCAGAGCGCGCGAGAUUCAGAAGAACUACCCAAACCACAAGUGGGUCGGAUUCAAUGGAGAAACGGCUAGACUAGGUGUCAGGAAAUCCCAGUACCAUUGGGGCUGGGACUGGGGCCCGGUCUUGAUGACAGCCGGCAUCUGGCGCGACGUACGUCUGGAGGUCUACAGCACGAGAAUAGCUGACCUCUGGACUGAGUUGGAAUUGUCGCAUGACCACCAACAUGCGCGAAUUCAAGCGUUUGCAAAAGUUGAGUCCACUCAAAAGUUGACAGGACAAAAUGCAACAUUCUCCCUCGCACUAGCUGGUACGGAAAUAAGGCAGGAAACCGCCACCAUCAACCAGGACGGAUCCGUCGCAGUCAAGUUCAAAGUAGACAAGCCAAAGCUUUGGUGGCCUAAUGGAUAUGGAGAACAGACUCUUUAUCAACUAUCGGUCAAAGUGGCAGAGAAUGACACGUCGGUACACCAACUAUCAAAGAAUAUUGGAAUCCGCACUGCAGAGGUUAUCCAAAACCCUGACAAACAUGGCAAGUCUUUCUUCUUCCGAAUCAAUGGCGUUGAUAUUUUUUGCGGCGGCUCGUGCUGGAUUCCCGCGGAUAAUUUCCUGCCACGCAUCAACGCGGAGAGAUACCGAAAUUGGAUCAAAUUGAUGGUUGCAGGAAAUCAAGUCAUGGUCCGGGUCUGGGGCGGAGGAAUCUACGAAGACAAUGCUUUCUAUGACGCAUGCGACGAACUUGGGGUCAUGGUCUGGCAAGACUUCAUGUUUGGUUGCGGCAACUAUCCGGCCUGGCCAGCUAUGCUGGAAUCAGUGAAACAGGAAGCAAUUGACAAUGUCACGCGACUCCGACAUCACCCGUCCAUUGUGCUAUAUGCUGGAAACAACGAGGAUUACCAGGUCCAGGAGCAGUCAGGGUUGACCUAUAACUACGAGGACAAGAAUCGCGAGCAUUGGCUCAAGACUGAUUUCCCGGCUCGUUAUAUCUAUGAACAUAUCUUGCCGUCCAUUGUGAGAGACUAUUCGCCCAGCGUCUUUUACCAUCCAGGAAGCCCGUGGGGAGACGGAAAAAUUACGUCUGACCCGACGGUAGGCGAUCUCCACCAGUGGAAUGUAUGGCACGGGACUCAAGAGAAAUACCAAAUAUUUGGAACAAUUGGCGGCCGAUUCAACAGCGAAUUUGGCAUGGAAGCCUUUCCCCACCUUGAGACAAUUGAGCACUUCGUUGAAGACAAGAAAGAUCUAUUUCCUCAGUCUCAUGUGAUUGAUUUCCACAAUAAAGCUGACGGCCACGAACGGCGGUUGGCCACUUAUCUCGUGGAAAAUCUGAGAACUGCAACUGAUCUAGAGACCUACAUCUACCUGACCCAAGUCGUCCAAGAAGAGACCAUGAUGUUUGGCUACCGCUCCUGGAGACGCCAAUGGGGAGACGAGCGUCACUGCGGAGGUGCCUUGCUCUGGCAGCUCGAUGAUUGCUGGCCAACCAUCUCAUGGGCCAUCGUCGACUACUUUCUGCGUCCCAAACCGGCCUACUACGCCAUGGCACGCAUCCUCGCCCCCGUCGCCGUUGGCGUCCAGCGCGAACACCACGAUUGGAGCAUCUCGCACGCGCGGCCCGCAAAAACCAGCAAGUACGAGCUAUGGGCAGUUAGCAGCCUGCGCGAAGAAGCCACGGCGCUCGUCGAGCUUCGUUUCAUCUCAGUCGACACCGGCACGGAAGUGCGCGACAGGAUUGUGCACGAGAACGUGCGGCUUGUGCCGAACGGGACUACGAAUGUCAUUCUCGACGGGGUCAUUGACCACACUGCCUACCGGGAGCCGCAUGUUCUUGCGGCGCGUAUAUGGGUCGAUGGACAACUCGUUGCGCGAGACGUCGACUGGCCGCAGCCGUUCAAAUACCUGGAUCUAAGUGACCGCGGGCUGGUUAUCAGCGAACAAGACGCGUCUGCAGCUGGUGAACAGAGACUGCUAAUCACCGCGCGAAAGCCGGUCAAAUGUUUGGUCUUUGAGGAGCGAGAGGGUGUCACGAUUAGCGACAGCGCAGUCGAUAUUGUCCCGGGCGACGAUCAGGUCGUGACGAUUAGCGGACUGAAGCCGGGGGAUAAGCCGUUGAGAUAUAAGUUUUUGGGCAGUGAUUGA